AUGGCCACUUCACAACGCGUUGUCAUUAUCGGUGCCGGCAUCGUCGGCACCAACAUUGCAGAUGAGCUGGUCUCGCGGGGAUGGACGGACGUGACGGUUGUUGAGCAAGGUCCCCUGCGCAUGCCAGGAGGAUCGACAUCACACGCUCCGGGCUUGGUGUUUCAAACCAAUGCCUCCAAGACCAUGACACUGUUUGCCCGCUACACAGUCGAGAAGUUCUUGUCGAUAGAAAAGGAAGGCGAGAGCUGCUUCAACCAAGUCGGUGGCCUGGAAAUCGCCACCACGCCCGAGAGAGUCGAGGAGCUCAAGCGCAAGCUUGGUUAUGCUCACUCUUAUGGCAUCGACGCCAAAAUCAUUACCAAAGAAGAGUGCCAGAAGCUCUAUCCUGGCCUGAACACCGAUCUGGUUCUCGCCGGUCUCCACAUUCCCACAGAUGGCCUGGCUCUCGCUGCAAGAGCUGUUGAGCUCUUGAUUGAGCGAACAAGAGCCGCUGGAGUCAAGUACAUCGAAUUGACGCCGGUGACUGGAAUUGACAAGGCAGAUGGCCGCGUCACGGGCGUCAUCACACCAGAUGCCACUAUCCCGGCCGAUAUCGUCAUCUCGUGCGCUGGUUUCUGGGGAGUCGAGAUUGGCAAAAUGGUCGGUCUGCCAGUACCACUGCUGCCAAUGGCCCACCAAUACGCCAAAACGACACCCGUGCCUCACACCAAUGGAGUCCUAACCAACGGACAUGCCGAGACCAAUGGACACACCAACGGAGUAGUCAAGCCAAACUCGGCCAGACUACCAAUCCUGCGGUACCAAGACCAAGAUCUCUACUAUCGCGAACACGGCGAACAGUACGGUAUUGGCUACUAUGGCCACCGGCCCAUCCCCGUCGAUGCCGCCUCGCUGGCCCAAGCUACCGAGGACGUUAGCGAGCACAAGAUGCCCUCGCGCCUCGACUUUACAACAGAGGACUUUGACCCGGCCUGGAAGCUCUCGCAGGAGCUGCUGCCGGCACUCAAAGGCUGCGAGAUUGCCGACGGCUUCAACGGAAUCUUCUCCUUUACGCCCGACGGUGGGCCGCUGGUCGGUCAGGCACCGCACCUCGACGGCUUCUACGUCGCCGAGGCCGUCUGGGUGACACACUCGGCGGGUGUGGCGCGCGCCGUGGCCGAAGUCCUUACCGAUGGCCGCUCCCGUAUCGAUCUGGCCGAGUGCGAGAUUGCCCGCUUCGAACAGGUCCAGCUCACGUCGGCCUACGUGAGCGAGACGUCGCAGCAAAACUUUGUCGAGAUUUACGAUAUCCUACACCCGCACCAGCCACGCGAGUCGCCGCGCAACAUGCGCGUCUCGCCCUUUUUCGCCCGCCAGGAGCAGCUCGGCGCCUUUUUCCUCGAGGUCGGCGGCUGGGAGCGCCCCUUUUGGUACGAGUCCAAUGCCAAGCUCCUCGACGAGCUGCCCGAGGAGUGGAAGCCCGUGGAGCGCGACGCCUGGUCGGCGCGGUACUACUCGCCCAUUGCGGCCGCCGAGGCCUGGAAGACGCGCAACGCCGUGGCCAUGUACGACAUGACGCCGCUGCGGCGCCUCGAGAUCUCGGGCAAGGGCGCCGUGGACCUGCUGAAGCGCAUGACCACGGGCAACGUGUCGCGCAAGCCGGGCGCCGUCACCUAUACCCUGCUGCUCAACGAGCACGGCGGCGUGCGCAGUGACAUCACUGUGGCGCGCCUCGAGGACGAGCUCUUCCAGGUCGGCGUCAACGGCCCCGUCGACACGGCCUACUUUACCCGCGAGGCGCGUCUGCAGAGCCAGUCGACGCCCGACCGGCCCGCUCACGUCCGCGACAUCACGGGCGCGACCUGCUGCGUGGGACUCUGGGGCCCGCUCGCCCGCGAGGUGAUGCAAGAGGUCAGCCCCGACGACUUUUCCAACAAGGGCCUGACGUACUUCCGCACCAAGCGCGCCACCAUUGCCGGCAUCCCCGUGACGGUGAUGCGGCUGUCGUACGUGGGCGAGCGCGGCUGGGAGAUCUACGCCAGCGCCGACAAUGGCCUGCGGCUCUGGGACGCCCUGUGGAAGGCCGGCCAGCCGCACGGCAUCAUCGCCGCGGGCCGCAGCGCCUUCAACUCGCUGCGCCUGGAGAAGGGCUUCCGGUCCUGGGGCACCGACAUGACGACCGAGCACGACCCCUUCGAGUCCGGCCUCGACUUUGCCGUCAAGGCCGACAAGGCCGAGUUCGUGGGCAAGGCCGCCCUCGAGGGCCGCUCCAAGGACACGGUGAGCCGGAGGCUGCGCUGUCUGACCGUCGACGACGGCAGGUCCGUGGUCCUGGGCAAGGAGCCCGUCUUUGUCGCCGGCAAGGCCGAGGGCUACGUCACCAGCGCCGCCUUUGGGUACACGGUGCGCAAGCCCGUUGCCUAUGCCUACCUCCCCAGCUCGGUACAGGAGGGCGAUGCCGUCGAGAUUGAGUACUUUGGACGGCGGAUCGCGGCCACGGUCACGCCUGAGCCCUUGUAUGAUCCGUCUAUGAGUCGUCUCCGGGGUUAA